GAUGUGAACAGACGUUUUUGAUUUGAUGAAGAAUUGAAACCGCGUUUGUCCUCUCGCAAUCAUCACCAUGGCUUUUCUGUCGUUUCCUCACCAUAAAACGUCCUUCUCUAUUGGAUUCUUUUCAAUUUCUCUGCCAUUUUAGUUAUUGCCUCUCAUCUUCAUGGCUGCAUCUCCCUACAACACACCAUUCUCCUAUUCCCAAUUUCCAUAAUCACGUCGGUUUUCUCCUUUCCGUUUCUUAAUCUUCGCCAAUUUCUGUUCAUACGCUUCUACAAUCAUUCUUCCUCUUUUUAUGUUUUGCAGUUGUUGUAUCCAUGAAUCCUCAAUAUCCAGUGAAGGAGGAGGACUGGGGCUCAUGUUCGCCGGAGCUACGCGGCGGUUAUUGCUUCCCAGCCACGCCCCAGCCGAUGGAAGGUCUUUACGACGGUGGUCCUCCGCCAUUUCUGAUCAAGAUAUUCGACAUGGUGGAGGAUCCAAUUACCGAACACAUUAUCUCUUGGGGCAGGGGAGGAAUCAGCUUCAUCGUUUGGGAUCCCCAAGCCUUCUCCGCUAAUUUACUGCCUCGAUUCUUCAAGCACAACAACUUCUCAAGCUUCAUCCGACAGCUCAACACUUACGGUUUUAGGAAGAUUAAUCCAGAGAGAUGGGAGUUUGCCAAUGAAGGAUUCUUGAGAGGCCAAAAGCAUCUUCUUAGGACAAUUAGGAGAAGAAAACCACUAGCAUCACCCUCUGAGCCUCUGCCUCUAGAACAAGAACCAGGUCCUUGCGUUGAAAUCGGUCGAUUCGGGCUUGACGCCGAACUCGACCGGUUGAAACGGGACAAGCAAAUGGUGAUGAUGGAGCUAGUUAAGCUGAGACGUGAGCAGCAGAGUACAAGAGCCUACCUACAAGCAAUGGAGCAAAAGCUGCAAGGGACAGAGAUGAAACAGCGACAGAUGAUGAAAUUCUUAGCAAGAGCAAUGCAGAAUCCAGACUUCAUUCAGCAGCUAGUGCACCAGAAGAAGAAAAGGGAGGUUGAGGAGGCAGCAACAAAGAAGAGGAGAUGGCCCAUUGAUCAAGGACCAAGCAGCUCCAGAGGCAGUGAAGAAGGAACCUCAAACCCCAUUAAGAUUGAGCCUCUGGAGUUUUGUGGAUAUGAAGUAUCUGAACUGGAAGCACUUGCUAUGGAAAUGCAAGGACUAGGGAAGGGAGUUAAGAAAGAAGCAGAAGUAAAGGAAGAGCUGCAGGGUCCAGAGAGUGAAGAUACAGAGCUGGAUGAGGGGUUUUGGGAGGAGUUUUUCAGUGAAAGAAUAGAAGAAGACGACGUGAAAGCGUUGAGUCAUCGCUUCGACAGUUUCGGUUCGACCCGAAAGUAAGGUAGCUGGAAAACACACUAUCUCCAUUUCUUCUGGGAUGGGAAAUCAUGGCAAGCACAGAAUUAAAAGGGAAACUGUCUUUUCCUCCCUCUUUCUCUCUCUCUAUGCCAUUAAUUUUCCCACAACAAAGCUGCUCCUCAUUUUUUGUGUGGUGGGUUUUUGAAGUUGCAGGUAAAUUUAGGUGGCGAGGGAGGCCAUGGGAGGCUGAGGAUGAUACAGAAUCAAGGUGUGUUCUGUUUCACCGUGGAUUACUGCAUAAAGUUUGUAUGUUUGUUGCAGUAAAAGAGAGGGUGUUUGUGGCCAGAAAUGAGGGAAGAGGGUGCAGCAGAAGCAGCCAAAAUGGAGGAGGGCCCAAGCUGGUGAGCAGCAGCGGUUGGUAGUUAAGUGGGUCGGUGUGGCUGUUUGUUGGUUUGAAAUGAAAUGGUCGGUGUUGUGCCUGAGUUUUCGUUGUCAAGCCACUUCCAAAAAAUCCCAGAUAUUUCCCCAUGCCUUUCA